AUGCAAGUUCAAGGAGUACUUGUAUUUGUAUACUUUUAUCUGCUGUGUCCAACCAAUAUCAUAGGUCUAUGGUGGGCGGUGGGAAGUCCCCUAGUGAUGGAUCCGAAUAGCAUUUGCCGUAAAAGCAGACGACUUGCGGGAAAGCAGCGGGAGAUUUGUCGGAAUGAGAUUGAAAUUGUAGAGGAAGUGGCAAACGGCGCUAAAUUGGCUUUAGCUGAAUGUCAGUACCAGUUCAGAAAUAGGAGGUGGAACUGCACAACCUCACGGAAAACGCUGGCACGGGUAUUACGCCGGGAUACACGUGAAUCUGCCUUCGUUUACGCGGUGACAGCGGCCGGGGUAGUGUAUGCCGUGACAGAGGCAUGCAGUAUGGGCAAACUCCUGCAAUGCACGUGUGACAAUGACAUACAGGACAUCACAACAGAUGGGGAGUGGGAAUGGGGAGGGUGUGGAGAUAACGUCGAAUUUGGCUACAAAAAGUCAAAGGAGUUCAUGGACGCACGGAAGAAAAAACGACGAGGCGACAUAACGACAAUUAUACAACUUCAUAACAACGACGCCGGGCGCAUGGCGGUUAAAGGGGACAUGCGCUCGGAGUGUAAAUGUCACGGCCUCUCUGGAUCCUGUACGUUGAAAACAUGUUGGCUGAAAAUGCCGAUAUUUCGUCAAGUCGGUCUAUCGUUAAAGGAGAAAUUCGACGGAGCGAUAAAGGUAAUGGGAACGAACGAUGGCAAGGGUGUUCAACCAGUGGAGGACACCAUAAAGCCACAAAGCCAUCUAGACCUUAUCUAUUCUGAGAACUCUCCAAAUUUCUGUAAGCGGAACCGGAAACAGGGUUCGUUGGGCACGCGCGGUAGGCAGUGUGAUCCGAAUUCCAUGGGCGUUGGUGGAUGUGACCUCUUGUGCUGCAACAGGGGCUACGAGAAAGAGACAGUCCACGUUAGGGAGAAUUGCAAAUGCAGAUUUAUUUGGUGUUGUGACGUUUUAUGUGAAACGUGCGAAAGUGCGAAAGACAUCUACAGGUGUUUAUGA